ACAUGGAAGUACAACCCCACCAUAGGAAUCUAUUUUAUAAUCCGGGUUCUGAAUGUUCAAGGUGUGGGCUUGGAACCAUAAAUUCACACCACCACACACACACACACACUCUCUCUCUCUCUCUAAGCAGGACCAGCUGUGGAAGUUGUUGACAAUUUGAAAACUGGAAGGCAGUGAACAAACUUCGAGUUCUUCUCACUCAGUGGUUCCUCUCCAGUCACAAUUCUGUUUACCAUAAUGGGCAUGAGAAGACACUCAAAACACACCAAUGAUCCAUUUUUUGCAUCUCACCACAGAACAAGACAACACCAAUGCAAACAACCAAACAAUCAUGUUGCCACAUGUGCACAACAGAACCAUUCUCCAAAAUUGGCUUCUUUCACUUCCCAAAAUGCUCCACCUGUGCUACUGCUACCUGCUUUUGUUGCCUUGCUGCUCCUUCUUUCUUCAAUUACCCCAGCAGCAUUGUGCCACACCCUUCAGGGUAACAACACUUUUAGGCCAGUCCACGAGUUGCUCAAGUUGAAGAGAGUUAGAGCUCACUUGAAGAAGAUCAACAAGCCUGCUGUCAAGACAAUUCAGAGUCCAGAUGGUGAUUUGAUAGAUUGUGUUUUAUCUCAUCAACAGCCAGCUUUUGACCAUCCUGACCUUAGAGGGCAGAAACCAUUGGAUCCACCAGAGAGGCCAAAGGGAAACCACACAAUUGGUGAAACCAAAAGGGUAAGUGAGAGCUUUCAGCUCUGGAGUGAUUCUGGUGAAGAAUGCCCCGAGGGAACUGUUCCAAUCAGAAGAACAACAGAGGAGGAUAUUCUCAGAGCAAGUUCUAUCCGAAGAUUUGGAAGAAAACCAAGACAUGUACGGAGAGACUCAUCUGGCAGUGGCCAUGAGCAUGCAGUUGUUUUUGUGAAUGGAGAUCAAUAUUAUGGAGCAAAAGCAGGCAUAAACGUGUGGGCACCUAGUGUAACAGAUGAGUUUGAAUUCAGCUUGUCACAGAUAUGGGUUAUUGCUGGCUCCUUUGGUAAAGAUCUCAACACCAUAGAAGCUGGUUGGCAGGUCAGUCCACAACUUUAUGGAGACAAUUAUCCAAGGUUCUUCACUUAUUGGACUACUGAUGCAUAUCAAACAACUGGGUGCUACAACUUACUCUGUUCAGGAUUUAUCCAAACUAACAAUAGGAUAGCAAUAGGUGCAGCAAUCUCCCCAAGAUCCACUUACAACAGAAGACAGUUUGAUAUUGGCUUAAUGGUUUGGAAGGAUCCAAAGCAUGGACACUGGUGGCUGGAAUUUGGGUCAGGUCUACUGGUAGGGUACUGGCCAGCAAACAUGUUCAGCCACUUGAGGAGCCAUGCAAGUAUGGUGCAAUUUGGAGGAGAAAUUGUGAACAGUCGUUCAAGGGGUUACCACACUGGCACCCAAAUGGGGAGUGGCCAUUUUGCUGAAGAAGGGUUCAGAAAAGCAGCAUAUUUUAGAAACUUGCAAGUGGUUGAUUGGGACAAUAACUUGAUCCCUCUUAGAAACAUUCACCACUUGGCUGACCAUUCCAAUUGCUAUAACAUAAGGCAGGGCACCAACACUGUUUGGGGAACUUACUUUUACUAUGGAGGGCCUGGAAGGAAUGUUAAAUGCCCUUGAAGAAUUUUAAAUACCACCUAAUAUAGAUUAUAGAGGCUUAAUUUCUUUGUUACAUGUAUGUCUUCUUUCUUACAAUUUUUUUAGGUUAAUUAUUAAUUUGGUACAUGUACUUAAUUUUGUUUUUAUUUGGCACUGCUAAAGUUUUGUCUUAGAUUA